UUGGAUUCGAUCGGGCAAACCCGGAAAGCUGCACCCCAACUCCAUUUCCCUUCAAGGGUUUUUCUAGGGUUUCUCUUGAGUCGUCUGCUUUGCGCAACCAGACAAUGCGGCCUCAACACGUGAAUUCGGAGGCGCUCUCUGCCUCCGGCAGGACCUCCGAGAAACUGAGCCUCCCAGCGCUGCAAUCCAAGAUGAAGUGUGACCCAGAAGGUUACGAGUCCGAACUCCUCCUCCUCUACAGCCAAUUCAACUCCUCCCUCGAGCUCUUCCAACAGCAAGCUGUCUUCACCUCCAUCAGCGGCGUGGACACCGACCCCGCUGUCGCCAAGGACCUUGGCGACAGGGCCGUCUUCUUGUCUCACCUCACCCCAUUUUACCCCAAACAUCUCGCUGAGUUCCCUAAACAACUCGCUCAGUUCCUCCGCUCAACCGCCCGUUCGCUUCCAUCGUCGCUUCGCUGCCAUGUUGCUCAAGCCCUCAUUCUUCUCAUCAAUCGGAAGAUAGUUGAUAUUGGUGACACUCUUGCAUUGUUCUUGGAGCUUCAAACUCUCGGUGAUAGGGCUUUGAGAAAAUUGGCAUUUUCUCAUGUUGUUCAUAGUAUCAAGAGAAUGAACCAGAAGCAUAAGAAUGAGGCUCAGAAUCGUGCACUUCAAAACAUAUUGUUUCCGAUGCUACAGCAAGAGGAUGAAGCACAAGCUAAGAGAUCGCUUAUCACACUUUGUGAUCUUCAUCGCAGAAAGGUGUGGUUUGAUGAUAGAACCGCCAAUGCAAUCUGUACUGCAUGUUUUCAUUCAUCAUCGAGGAUCAUGAUUGCUGCUUUAUCCUUUCUUCUUGACUAUGAAAAGAUUGAAGAUGAUGAUGACAGUGAUGGUUCAAGCAGUGAAGAUGAGACUCCCCAAAAGCCUCAAGUUGUCCUAAGUAAAGGGGAUGUUUAUAAGGCACACCAUAAAGGUACACUUUCAAGCAAGAAGAAAAAAAAGGCAAAAUUGCAGCGUGUGAUUCGUAAUAUGAAAAGGAAGCAGCGCCUAUCAUCAGAAAAAGGCAUUUCAAAUAACUAUUCACCACUUAACCAUCUGAAAGAUGCGCAGGGAUUUUCUGAGAAACUAUUCUCUCGUCUUCAAACAUGCAAUGAACGGUUUGAGGUUAAGAUGAUGAUGUUGAAAGUAAUUGCUCGAACAGUUGGGCUUCACCGGUUGAUUUUACUAAAUUUUUAUCCUUUUCUCCAGAAAUAUGUUCAGCCCCAUCAACGUGAUGUCACAAAUUUACUUGCAGCGGCAGUUCAGGCAUGCCAUGACAUGGUGCCUCCUGAUGCGGUUGAACCACUAUUCAAACAAAUCGUAAAUCAGUUUGUACAUGAUCGUUCACGGACAGAGGCUAUUGCUGUGGGACUGAAUGUAGUAAGGGAAAUAUGUCUGCGCAUACCUUUGUUGAUGACAGAAGACUUGCUGCAAGACCUUGUUUUGUAUAAGAAAUCACAUGAGAAAGCUGUUUCAACAGCAGCUCGUUCACUCAUUACAUUAUUUAGAGAGAUUUGCCCUUCUCUGCUGAUUAAAAAAGAUCGUGGACGACCUACUGACCCAAAGGCAAAGCCAAAAGCGUUUGGAGAAGUGAAUGUUGUCAGUAGUGUUCCUGGUGCUGAGUUAUUACAACAUGAUGAUGAUGAUGAUGAUGAUGAUGAUGUGAAUGAUGACAAUUCUGAUGAGACUGGAUUCAGUGAUUGUGAUGGUAGUCAUGAUAGUGAUGUGAAGUUUGCUGCUAGUGAUGGUGAACAAAAUGAGCUAGACAAUCAUAAUUCUGACCUUUUCAGAAAAGAUAGCACUAAUGAUGUACAAGUUGCAGAAGUGGCUGAAGAUGAAGAUGGCAAUAAUAUUACUGAUGAUGAUUCUGUUGAUGUCAGUGAUGAUGAUGAUGAUGAUGACAAUGAGAGCGGCGGUAGUGGUGAUGAGGAUGAUGAUGAGGAUUAUGAUGAUGAUGAUGGUGUCAGUGACGAUGUUGAUGGGGAAGAAGAGGAGGGGGAGAGGGAAUUUAAUGGUUCUCAUAAAACUAAUGACCAUGAUGAUGGGAAUGAUGGUACUGGAGAAGAAAAAUCUAAAGCAAGGAAGAGGAAGGCUUUGGAUUUUGAGGGACAAUUGAAUGCUGCUGAUUCUAGUCUUCGGGCUCUUAAGAGAUUAGCAGGGGCAAAGAUGGGGCAUGCCCCAUUGGAAUCAACAGAUGGUAUUCUUUCUAAUGAAGACUUCCAACGGAUUAAAGACCUAAAGGCAAAGGAGGAAGCCAAAUUUGCUUUGGCUCAGCAUGGGUUGUUAAGGAAAGGCUCAGAUGCAAAAUCAACAGGUUUUAAGAUUCCAACUUCUGAUCAGCUGAGUGUUAAACGAGUGGAUCCUGCUAUGCUUGAGGUUAAUAUAAGGAAAAAGCUAAGUAAAGAGGAAAGAUUGGAACUGGUGAGAGCAGGGAGAGAGGACAGAGGGAAGUACCAGGCCCGAGCUGCAGUGAAACAGAAGAAGACUGGUGGUUCGAGCAAUCGACAGAAGGAACACAAGAAGGCCAUGCCUCUAGCUGCUAAGCGAUCCAAGAUACAAAAAUCACGAGAGGUGAAAAGGAAACAACAGCGUCGUUCUGGUAAACAGUUUCGUGGGAGGAAAGCAUGGAAGUGAUUUGGGAUUUGUGUCUGUCCUUCCCAUAACUCAAAAUACACUCUGUUACCCCUUUUUUUGUCUGAUGAGAGAGUGUGUGCGUGCGUAUUUAAGGUGGGUGAUUUUCCUUUCCCAAUUCUCUUUCCAGUAGGAAUGUAUGUUGCUGAUUAUUUUGAAAGCCAACGAUAAAAAAUAAUUCCAUUUAGUGAAUUAUCUACCAAGUCCGUUGUCUCAUUAACAGUGAUUGAUUCAGUUUCUUCUCUUUUUGGCGUAAUGGAAAGUCUCGAGGGACAUGGAUGUUGGUGAAA